AUGCAGUGGUGCUUCCUCUUGAUCUGGGCCCAGGGGCUGAGGCAGGCUCCUCUCCUCGCCUCAGGCACUAUGGCAAGCAUGGUAGUGACAACAGGCAACAUUUCUGCAGAGGAAGGCGGCUCCGCCAUCUUACAGUGUCACCUUUCCUCCACCACGACGGAAGUGACCCAGGUCAACUGGGAGCAGCAGGACCGACUGCUGGCCGUUCGUCAUGUUGACCUUGGCUGGCACAUCUCGCCAGCCUUCAGGGAGCGGGUGGUGCCGGGCCCCAGCCUGAGCCUUACCCUGCUGGCGCUGACUGUGAAUGACACAGGGGAGUACUUCUGCACCUACCAUACCUACCCCGAUGGGAUUUACAAAGGCAGAAUCUUUCUGGAAGUCCGAGGAAGCUCAGUGGCUGAGCACAGCAUCGGGUUCCAGAUUCCAUUGUUUGGAGCCAUGGCCACAGUGCUGGUGGUCAUCUGCAUGGCGGUCAUCGGGGUGGUCGCAUUGGCUAGAAAGAAGCAGUUUCUCACAAUACAUUCUGCAGAAAGUGGCCCCAGGAGAACAUCUGCCGAGCAGGAGGAACGGGGUCCCAGCGUUCCCUCUUCUCUGGAAAGCUGUGUCCAGGCAGCCACUGCCUCUGCUGACCUCUGCAUGGAGCAGAGGGGAGAUGACUAUGAUGAGCCGCACGACUACUUUAAUGUCCUGAGUUACAGAAGCCUGGGGAGCAUCAGCUUCCUAGCAGAGACGGGCUAG